UAACACUCCUACAGUCAGAAGGCCAUUUGCAUUCUGCUGUAGCACUAGAUUCGAUCAGCAUUUUUCAUCUCUGAUAACGAAAAAUUCGCGAAAAUGAGUGCAUCGCCCGUAGCUGUUCUAGUUUUUACGAUUCUAUGGGGUGUGGUUGGAAUUGUUCUCCCGUUUUUGGUACCUAAAGGUCCGAACAGAGGAAUCCUGCAAGCCAUUUUAAUACUGACGGCAGCUACGUGUUGGUUAUUCUGGCUUUGUUGCUAUAUGGCACAAAUGAAUCCUCUCAUUGGACCUAAACUGGAAAAUACGACUCUUCUGCUGAUUGCAAGGGAAUGGGGAAAAGAAGUCACCAGCUAAACAGCUAGCAACAAUCCAAUUUAACGUGUUAUUAUUGUAAAUAAAGUAAAUGUGAGAAUCGAAUGAUUAAAUAUUCCUUGUGAACUUGA